AUGCCAGCGGCUAACGCUUCACUGGAACUACGAGAUGCACAUAGGCGGUGGCAUAAGGCGAACGAGAUGGAUAAGUGUUAUAUGUUGGCCUCCAUGUCAACAAUGCUUAGACAUCGGCAUGCUGCCAUGGCGACUGCCACCGCUAUUAUGCAGAAUCUCACCAAUCUUUUUGGUACUCGGAAUCGAGCGACUAAGUCUCAAGCCUUUCGGAGUAUCAUGGCAAAGAUAAUGAAGGAAGCCACAUCUGUGCGGGACCAUGUCCUUGAGAUGAUAAGCCACCUCAAUCAAAUUGAGGUUUUGGGAGGGACAAUUGAUCCCAAGUCCCAAGUAACUAUCAUCCUUCAAAGUCUACCCCCUAGCUUUCAACAGUUCAAACUCAACUUUGAGAUGAACAAAAGGAACUACUCAUUGGUUGAAUUGUUGACAGAACUUCAGUCGGCAGAGGAUCUUAUGAUCCAAGCUAAGGCAACGAUGGUUAGUUUGACAUAUCAUUCCUCUGGCCCUAGGUCUGGUGCAGGAAAGAAGAAAGUGACGAACGAGGUUAUUGCUAAGGCUGCUAAGGGAAAGGAGAGGAAGGGAAACAAGAAGAAAAUAUGA